AUGAAACAGUUGAUAUCCAACUUACAGGGAACUGCUGUCAAUUUGAUAAAGACGGGGAGGGAAAUAUACAACACCUUACAGUCGAAAGAGUACGAAGGGAAUGCGGAUUUGUUACUCCAAAAGAAGAUAGACUUGAUAGUUCCCAUUGCUGAGAACAUGCAAAGAAACAUUGCUCAAGACCCCUCCCUUGUCCAACUCCCCGUCAAUUUGCAGGAACUGAUUGACUCCGUUGGAUCCGAUAUUUGGAAUCUAGGAUGCCAAUUGAAUGUAAACAAAGAAACCCUUCACGGUGUCAAGUACUUUGCCAUUGUUUUGAUUAUCAUAUACGAUUCUUUCAAUCCAAGCGUCGAACGGAGCUUUUCUAUCUUGGAAUGUUUAAUACGCCUCUUGUCGCUGUCUAUAAAUGCCACAAUUCUCGGUGUUGCAAAAAAAUGUCAAAACUUUGCGGAGACAUUUUUGAACAAAUUGUUGACAAUUGACAAAGAGUGUGAUUUGAGCAAGAGCGACAAAAGCUUAAUCGCCGACCACAACUCAAAAUUCUUACUUCUAAGCCUUAGCUAUGAAGUUGUUUCUGGGAAUUUUGACACAGCAAAGAUUUAUGAGGCAAAGUUGAUUGAUUUCAACUCUGACAUUCCCUUCGAUUUUGUCUUGGAAACAAGCCGUAUCUUGUACAACUCAGCUUUGGACCUAUUCGAAAAGGGAAACUAUGAGGUUGCACAUUCCUUGGCAUCCAUGUCUAUAAAAUUCAUGGAAAAGGCCAUUACCGAGGAAAGCCAGGAUACAAUCAAGACAAGAUAUUUGCAAACUUACAUUCUAUUGAUUAAAUGCUAUAAGCGUAUUGGUAGGGAAGACUCAAUGGAGAGGGCCAUUUCUGCAGUAAAGUUGAUGCAAAAUCAGUUCCCCAACAAAUUCGAAGUGUACCGAUUGUACUUUGAAGUGGCUGAUUUGACUGCCACCAAUUGUAUUGAUGAGGUUAUGAUGCGUAUGGUUAUGUCAAUUUCUAUGGAACAUGAUAUUGAGAAUGUCCUCAAUUUGUUGAAACAAAACGUGCAAUACAGCUUCAGAGGGGUGAAUAAUUGCUUGGAUUAUCUCUUGACGAACCUCCACUCAAAUAACCAAAAACAAGCUGGGUUAUUGGUAAUCACCAAGUUUGUCGUUAAUACAGACUUAGCACAGCAAGAAGAGCCUCAGUUGAGAAUAAAAGAAUUAGAGCUCUUUAUUGAACUCGCAGAGAGAACUUUGCAUGGCCCUUUGGACUUGAAUAUUAAGAUGAGUACGCUUGCAUUGCUAUGGAAGCAGGGGAUGAUUGCAUAUAAAGCGUUCGACUACGAUCAAAGUUCUCAAUGGUUAAAAUUAUCACUUACAAGAUUACUUCACAUGCCACACUCAGAAAGUCAAGACCGUGGUAAGAUUGUCAGAGCAAUUGAAAACAACCAGAUCCUUUUAGGCAACGGCCGAGCUGUUUUGGAUCUUCACAAGGAGUUGGAUCCUGAAGACGAAGAGAGCAUGCUUUCCCAAUACAAUUUAUUUAGAGCAAGCGUUUUGCUCAAGGAUGAGACAAGUGCUGCGAUGCAAUUUGCUAAAAUAGUCGAGACUAAUGCAAAUGCGAAUACUGUUUUGGCCAUAGCCGCCUGCAUUAUUGAGUCCACUGAUAAUUUGUCCAAUGAAUUCAUCAAAAAUGCAUUUUUCAAGCUAUUGAAUAUACUUUGCUCAAAGCAGUUUAAUGAGGACUUUGUGCAAAACUUGAGUUCAUUUGGCAUUAUAUUGCCAGUGUGUUGCAGGUGUGCGAUUUUGAUGUUUUCCAAUGACAUAGAAAAAGACGAAGUACAAGUUGUCGAGUCCGAUUUGCAGAACCUUUGUGAAAUUUUACAUGAAAGCUGCAGUUUUGCCUCCCGUUUUGCACACUCUGGAGGCCAUAUUUUCAACACAAACGAUCAUGAGUGGUGUGCUAGCAAAGCAUACAACAUAGCUAUUUUAUGCAAACAAAUUGACCGCUCUGAAAUAGGAAUACGUCUUUGCCAAAUAUGCAUUAGGUUCAUUUCCUUGAUUCUGAGUGAUAUUGAAACAGCAAAGUAUAGCAAAAUCAUCGCUUGGAAGGCAAGGGCUUGGAUCUUGACGUUUUUGUUUCUUUGCAAAAAGGAUGACUUGGGCGUGGAUGAUUGGAACUACAUCAAAAAGUAUAGUGAUGCCAUGCUUGAGGAGAUUGCAAAAGGUGAAAUGCAGGACGACCAGUUUCAAUGCGCAAAGCAGUUAAGCACGUUCAGGUUCCAGGCGGAAUUGGUUGUUGGGUCAACAGAACAGGUGCAAGUAAUGGCUCAAGAUUGUUCCAGGUUGAAACCAAAAACUGCUAUGGAGUUGUACGACGUGUAUGUAAACUUGCUCAUUUAUUCGAAACGCACACUAGUAAAACAUGCAAAACUGAGUAUCUUGUUGUCUAUCAUCACCUGCGCUUUAUCCAUUGCCGAGGCUUCUUAUUUGUCUAAAUUGGUGACAUGGGUUAGAUUCUUUUUGGAAUGUAGUAACGAUGAGUUUGAUGCAGAGAAGGAAAAAAUGGUUUUCCAAUUUUACAGAUUAUAUCAAUCAAAUGUGACUGUUGCCGCUGUCCCAUCAUUUGAAAUUGAAUGGCUAGCAAGCGUAUCUUGGAAUCUUGGAGUGAAAAAGAUCAUCGACUACAAGGAAUUGAAUCGUGGAUUGAAAUGGUGUGCCAUAGCAAUGUUGCUAUCCAAAUUUGUUCAUGAAAGAAUGCGCAAGCAGAAGCAAGGUCAUGACUUGCAUGGGUGA